AUGUAACAACUAAGACAACCCAUUAUAAAUAAAACACUAAAUAUUGCAUGUGAAUAACUUUAGAUAAGAUCUAAUUAUUAAGUAAUUUUUCAUUAUCCAAACAUCAAUACUCAGAAAGACAAUUAAUGUGUAGAUGAAUAUCAAGAAAUAAUAAACUUAACUCAUUAAUUCAAUAAAUUAUCAGAAAAAUUAUUUUGGGGAAAUUAAUCAGAUACAAUUGAUAUAAUUAUUUUCAAUUAAUAAAUUGAUGAUAAUCCUAAAUAGGCAUUCAAAAUGUUAGGAAUGAAUCAUGUUAUUUCAUACUAUCAUAAUGUGAAAAUGUUUUUUCCAGAGUAUUUUCUCAAUCACAUUAAAAUGGUUUUGAUUUCUCCCAAAAAUAAUAUCAUCUAUGAUUUUAAGAAUAAAAAAAUAAUUUCUACCUUUAAUAGUCCUUAUAUUAAAAACUUUUUAUCAAUAUUCAUAAAAGAAUAAAAUAUUAAAGAUUAAUUUGAAGUAGAAAAUGUAAAUGAUUUAUUUUUAAAUCAGUUUAUAAAAAUAUCAAUAAAAAAACUAUUUCAAAAUUAGAAACAUUAAAAAUCUGUAUGUAAAAUAGUUGAUGAUAAAUAAACUAUUAUUUGGCCAAUUGAUAGCAAGGGUAUUAAUUAUUACUUAUGCUUUGAACCUAAUUUUAUAAUAUAUUAUGGAUAAUUAAAUGAAAAUUAUUAAAAACAUGGCAGAGGGAUAUUCUUUUAAACUAUUUGGAAUGAUUGUAAUCCUAAUUAUACAAUAUUAUAAGGAAAUUUUCAAAAUGGAAAGAAGAAUGGUAUAAUGCUUAAAUUUAGUUCUCGUAGUCAAAAUCUAUUUUAAGGACAUGAAUACAAAGAUGAUGAAUUCAAAAAGUAAGUAGAUUUAGAUGAUAAUGGAAAAAUCAAAGUUGUUGAGAUUGUUAAACCUAAUGAAAUCUAAGAUAAACCAACAUAAACAGCACCAAAAAGAAGAAUUAUAAUAAUGGAGGAAGGAGUUAUAAUAAAUACUAAUACAUAAUAAGUUUAAUAAAAGAAAAUAAAUUCAGAUAUAUUUGUAAAGUAUAAUUAAUAGUUUAAUUCUAAUGAUGAGAAAAUACUAUCAAGUAGUAAAUAAUGGUUAAAUAGUUCAAUGAUAGAUGGUUAUGUAUUGGCUCUACAAAAAUAACAAAUGGAAUAAGUUUUUUAAAGUGAUGACCCAAUAAAGAAUCUAAAUACUUUUGUAAUAGAUUCUACUUAUUUUACAUCUGCUGCAAUUGAUUAUAAAUUAGUAACUUCAUUGAGAACUUUAUGCUAUGAAUUUAAAGGAAUUACAAUAUUUGAUGUAUACUAAAAUAUAGCAGUUGUUGUUAAUUAAAAAAAUUCUCAUUGGUUUUUGGUUUUGGUUAAGAGAGAAUAAUAGCAAGAAUUAUAUUAAAUGAAAUUUCAUAUUUUAGAUUCAAUGUCAGGAUAUCCUAAAAAAUAUUAUGAUACAUGUUAAAAGAUUUUUGAUUUAAUGACAUUCCACCUUGAAUUAGGAGAUAAUUAUCGUUUUGAUUAUUAGAAUAAUAUUAUAGUUGAAGAUGUUCAAUAAUAGAAUGAUGGAAGCUCUUGUGGUGAUCAUACAUGCUAUUUUUUGUAUUAAAUAUUCAAUGGAAAAAACUAAAAAGAAAAAAAUAGAUAAUAAGUUGGAGAGAUGAGAGGAAUGAUAUAUAAACUCAUAUUUGGUUGA